CCCCGGGGGCGGCGGCGGCGGCGGCGGCCGGGACCGGGGCAAGCCGCGGGGCCGGUCAUGCGGCUGCGGGGCCCGCGGCCCGGAGCGUGCGCCCAGCCCUGAACGAGGGCUCACUCUUGGCGCUGCUCAGGGUACCUCAUGUGGUGCCGGGGAUCGAACCCAGGUUGGCCACAUGCAAGGCCCCGCAGGGCGACCCCCGCCUAUAAAGAUGAGUCACUGUAGUAGCCGUGCGCUGACCUUGCUGAGUAGCGUGUUCGGAGCGUGCGGCCUGUUGCUGGUGGGCAUCGCGGUCAGCACCGACUACUGGCUGUACAUGGAAGAGGGAACGGUGCUGCCACAGAACCAAACCACCGAGGUCAAGAUGGCACUGCACGCCGGGCUCUGGAGGGUCUGCUUCUUCGCAGGCCGGGAGAAGGGUCGCUGUGUGGCCUCGGAAUAUUUCGUUGAACCGGAGAUCAACUUGGUGACGGAGAACACAGAGAACAUCCUGAAGACUGUGCGCACAGCCACCCCCUUUCCCAUGGUCAGUCUCUUCCUGGUAUUCACCGCCUUCGUCAUCAGCAACAUUGGCCACAUCCGCCCGCAGAGGACCAUCCUGGCUUUCGUGUCUGGCAUCUUCUUCAUUCUGUCCGGCCUGUCCCUGGUGGUGGGCCUGGUCCUCUACAUCUCCAGCAUCAACGAUGAGGUGAUGAACAGGCCUAGCAGCUCCGAGCAGUAUUUCCACUACCGCUACGGCUGGUCCUUCGCCUUCGCUGCCUCCUCGUUCCUGCUCAAAGAGGGGGCCGGCGUGAUGUCCGUGUACCUGUUCACCAAGCGCUACGCCGAGGAGGAGAUGUACCGGCCGCACCCCGCCUUCUACCGGCCGCGCCUGAGCGACUGCUCCGACUACUCGGGCCAGUUCCUGCAGCCCGAGGCGUGGCGGCGCGGCCGGAGCCCGUCCGACAUCUCGAGCGACGUGUCCAUCCAGAUGACGCAGAACUACCCGCCCGCCAUCAAGUACCCCGAGCACCUGCACAUCUCCACCUCGCCCUGCUGAGCCCGGCCACGCCCCCGCGCCCCAUUGGCCGAGGGCCCGGAGGCCCCG